AUGGAGCUUCCUCCUGACCACCGACUCAAAAGGCCGUCGACAUACAGCCGCGAGGCCGCUAUCGUCGCUGUCACAGACCUUUACGAAUCUCUUACCACUCCCCUGUAUGUGGAGCCAACCGACAUUCUCUACCCCCCACCCGGAGGAUGGCCGCACAUCACUCGGGAAAAUGAGGCGUUCGCCUCUCUCAACAAAACUGAUGAGGUACUUGAGCUGCUUCGCCACUUGCCAUACCUAGACUCCAGGAAAAAUGAAUGGUUUAUUAGACCCUGGAGUGUUUCAUGUGAUUAUGUGAACCGUGAUCCUCGCAACUAUCGGCCUCUAGUGCCUGAUGAAUUUGAGUUUCCCCCAUGGGUGAUUAAUCUCACAUUUUCUGGCAGAUAUGGCCAAUCACUUAUGUUUGACACAUCAGAUGGCACAGCAACAGAACAUGACCCUAAUGCAGGAAUAUAUGAGCCUGAUUACCCUGAAGGUGAUCCGCGAUAUUGGCGUGUUGAAUGUGAGGAAGAGACUGAGCCACUGGUUGAGCGCUUAGACCUCUUUAAGCAGAGGUUUCAGAAUCUCAAUUGGAUCCCACAUGUUCAGAAAAUCGGAUCUUGGCCAAGAGUCUUCGAAUGGUAUGAGGAACCAAAUCGCUCAUAUGGCGAUGGAGAGGGCAAGGCGAUGCGUGAAAUUUAUCUCGAGCAUGGGUGGCCGGAUUCAUUCGACCGAGAGGCGUGCCAGGCUUCAUUGGAAAUCUUUUAUUAUGAUGUGGACAGACGGAAGGAACUGAUUGCGAGUUACUAA